AUGUACUUGAAGUCGCCCUAUCCCGACCCUCCCGCGCUCCCCGAGACCAACGCGCACAACAUCUUCUUCCGUCGACCUGACCAGGCAGAAUGGCCCGACUACACCCUCCACAUCGAUGCCACCUCGGGCAAGAAGGUCAUGUACCGCGAGUUCGUGAGACGCGUGGAGGAUCUCGCGACUGCGUUGGGGACCCCUAGUUCGCAAGGCGGUCUGGGUUUCAGCAAGGAGAAUGGUGAUAUCGUCGGGAUUAUGAUGGAGAACUCUUCGGACUACAUCGCUUUAAUCCACGCCAACAUCGCUCUCACGACACCUUUCGCCCUGAUCUCGUCCUACUCGACGCCUUUCGAGUUGAAACAUGCACUUACGCUGUCCAAGGCGACUGCGCUGUUCGUCGAUGCGAAGUUCUUGCCUAUCGUGCUUCCUGUGGCGAAGGAGGUUGGCAUGGACUUGAACAGGAUCUAUGUUGGGACUGGCCAGGCCGCCGGCCGCAAGAACAUUGAUGAUCUCAUCGACGGCGUUCGCGCUAGGUCGUUGCCAUUCAUCGGUGCGAAGCCGGCGAAAGAGAACACACUCGCGUAUCUGGUGUUCUCGAGCGGUACGAGUGGCCUUCCGAAAGCUGUGAUGAUCUCGCAUGGGAACUUGAUCUAUUCUUUGGGCCAGGCGAUUGUGAUGGGCACCGUUACUGCUGAAGUUUACACUCCUCCACCACCUGCCAACCCUGAAGGUAUCCCAGUCGUUCUCGCCAUGCUUCCCCUUCACCACACCUACGGCCUCCAUUCCUAUUCCUAUCGGGCGUUCUUGGCCCCUGUGACCCAUGUCGUCAUGGGCAAGUGGGAUAUCAACGUCGCACUAAAGGCUAUCCCCAAAUAUAAAGUCUCGGUGAUCGCUCUCAUCCCCUCCAUCGUCCAUCAACUCGUACAUCACCCCGAUAUUGAGAAAGUCGACUUGAGUUCUGUGACUUCACUCGGAAGUGGUGCUGCCUAUCUCCCUCCUGAGCUUGCCGAGAAGUUGUCGAGGCUUCUGCCCAAGCAAUCACACUUCUCGGAGGGUUAUGGAAUGUCCGAAUGCACCAUUGCGGCCAUUACGCAGCCAUACCCCGGUACGCUCGGCAAGCUCAAGGCCUACCCAGGUUCUACUGGUGUCCUCCUCCCUGGAAUGGAGGCCCGCAUCGUUCGGGACGAUGGUACCGAGGCGGACUUUGACGAGCCUGGCGAGCUCUGGUUGCGGAGCCGGAACGUCGCUCUCGGCUAUUGGAACAACGAAAAGGCCAACAGGGAGACCUUUGUCGACGGCUGGCUUCGAACGGGCGACAAGUUUAGAGUGGAUAAAGAGGGUAACUUCUGGUGCGUUCUCGAACGGUUCUCCAUGCCUGAUACUUUGAAGGUUUCGGGUGCCCAGGUCUCGCCGGUAGAGAUUGAGAACUGUCUCUUGGCCCAUCCCGAUCAUUUGAUCAUCGAUGCUACUGUCGCUGGUGUGAGCGGCGGUCGUACCUCUGACGAGAAGGUUCCGCGGGCUUGGGUGGUGUUGAGCGACAAGGGCAAGGCUCUCGGUCCCGAUGCUGUUAUCCAAGCUCUUAAGAAGUGGACGGAGGAUAAUCUUUCCAAGUACAAGCAUCUUCGUGGAGGAAUUGAGAUUAUCAAGGAGAUUCCAAAAUCGCCCACUGGAAAGGUCCUUCGCCGUGUUCUUCAAGACGAGUAUGAGAAGACGGUUGCUGUCAAGGCUAAACUCUAG